GUAUUUGCAAAUGCAUUUCUUUCAUGUAGACGUGUGUAUGCUUACUGCAUGCGGUAGUCAAACUUUGAUUGAAUAUAUCACUGCAUAAUACAGUGUACAUUUAUAAAGAAACUAUUCCAAACCAAGUUCAAUUCACUUCGCGUACCGUAAUGGCCUAUGUAUCAAAGAAAUUAUUCAGGACACACUCUCUCCUUGGAAAGUCUGGUGAAUUGUGUCAGUUAACACCGCAUACAUUUGCUAAAAUAAGCGAGUAUUGUCAAAAGUGGGUCAAUUUGGACGGCGAGCAAAGCAAAAUCGCCGCAAAUGUUGCUGAGUUUAUGAAACAUUGGUCACUUGAUUCGGAAAAUGAGCUAGUGCCAGAGGAAAUUGCAAAUGCGCGAUAUCACAAAGAGUGCUAUGUUCGUUUCUGUGAUAAAACAAAAAUCGAAAGAGCCGAGAAAAGAAUGAAGAAAAAGGAAAUGACUGUUGAAGCAUCCAGCCAUGGUGAACCGAGCACUCCUGUUAUCAACCGACCAGCACCUGCACCUGUGCGUAUAUCACCACGGACAUUGAUUAGCGGUAGUGAAGCGAUUCCCAGACGAAAUAGACACGUUCUACCAGAACGGUGCAUAAUUUGUAAAAGACAAGAUGCGUACAAAGUGGACAAGGUUACUAGAAAACGAAAAUUAGAUAAGCUUGUUCUGGCGGAAACGUUCAACGGAGGACUUUUGAGGGAGGCUGCAGAAAAGAAAAAAGACGAGUCGAUUUUAGCACAUAUUAGAGGUAAAGACUGUGUUGCUAUAGAAGUACGCUACCAUAGGCAUUGUCAUUUGGAUUACUGCAGAUUCCUGACCCGAAAAUCCACAACUAGUAAGCCAACUGAUGAACUAUACCAAUCAAGCUACAUCGCCUUCUGUUCGAAAAUAAUUGACAAAAGGUUUAUUGAAGAAAAACAAAUAAUGCGAAUGAGGGUGUUACACGACAUUUUUGUGGAACAAGUUAUGAAAUUUGAAAAGCUUGAUGCAUCCAAUUACCGUCCUACUCGACUGAAGGCUAGACUACAAAGAGACUAUCCACAACUUGUCUUUCAUCGUCCUGCAACCAGGAAUCAAAGUGAACUGGUCUUUGUUGAAGAGUUAUCUGUAGGUGAAGUAGCAGAGACCUGUGAAACAGUAGAUACUGAGGAAUUUGAGAGCGAUAGCGAUGAUGAAAUGAUUGCUGAAGCUUCAAUGGAUAAUUCUACGAUGUUUGCUUUGGCUUUAAAAGAUGCCAUAAAAAGAGCACCUGCAAUGAAUGCAACUUGGCCACCAUCCUCGGUCGAUCUCUCAACAGACCAAGUACAUAAAAUGGUUCCAAUUUUGUUGUUUAAUUUCAUUGCUUGGACAUUGGGCUUCUCAGAUUAUCCAACAAUGUCGACUCGGCUUGAACUAGAAGAGUCACAGUUGACAAAAGUGAUGUCGAUCUGUCAAGACAUGUUGUUUAUAGCGUCAAAUGGAAGGAAACAAACACCAAAGUCGUUAGGACUAGGUAUGGCUGUAAGACAGCUUACGCGGUCAUCACAACUCACGCAAAUUUUGAAUGGUUUUGGCCACUGUUCUAGUCACUCUGCCAUUUUAACAUAUGAAACAAACUUGGCUAGGUUAGCUAUAAAAUCAGACUGCUAUAUCCCAAAAGGCGCAGAAAAACAUAAGUUUACUUGUCUGGUGUAUGAUAACGACGACUUUUCGGAGGAUUCUAGAACGCAAACCCAUAUACUUGGUGGUAUAUUAAUUCAACGGGAGGAAUCAUUUGACAAUCAACCAGCCGUAGUCUCACAGCAGCUGAAGAAGGGUGGGAGAACUUUCCAGGCUCCAAGUGAAGCUAUGGUUCCGUACAGCCUUGGCAAAAAGAAGACACCAAGCUUCCUAAAUACAUCAGUUUCAUCAACCAUUUUCGAAACAGACGACCCGUUGCAUCAAGAACUUGCUAGGAGGUUAGAUAUUGCCUAUUUUGUGAUGAAGAUGCUGCAGAAUCACUACGGAACGUUACUUCCUGGUUGGACAGGUUUCAACAUUCUUCUAAGGCAAUCAGCAAUACCGCCAAUGUCUCGAAUCAGAUACCUACCAAUAAUUGAUGGAUCUCCCAGUGAAUACUCAACAUUGUAUACAGCGCUUUUAAAGAGCGUGGAUAUUGCAGAUAAGUUGUCACUAGAGCACAUCGUCCUAGUUUUUGAUGAAGCAAUCUAUGCAAAGAUUCAACAGAUUAGGUGGAAAGAUGCGACUUUUAUGAAGAGGUUUGUUGUCAGGCUAGGCGAAUUUCAUGCGACAAUGUCGUUCCUGAGUGCAAUAGGGAACAUGUUCAGGGAUGCUGGGUUACAGGAUAUACUUAUCGAAUCUGAUGUUGUUGGACAAGGACAAAUCAAGGGUGUAUUAACAGGAAAGCAUUAUAAUCGAAGUAUGCAUUGCCACAAAGUAAUGAGUGAAGCUCUGCAUAGACUUCGCUUCCAAGCAUUUUUGGAUAGCCUCAGUUCUGAGGAUUACAAUAAUGUCUACUCAGUCGCGUCUGACCUGCUGAACAUAUUUCCAGACGAGAAAUUUCAGGAUAGCCUUACAGCUGAACCAUUCUCACAUAUUGUUGAUAAAUACGAGGAUUUUGUUGUGCAGGAAAGUGAAGGCAACCCAACGUUUGCAUUGUGGAGUACUUACCUUGAAAUGACAGGCAUAUUACUUCAAUUUGUAAGAGCUACACGAGAAGGAAAUUGGGAACUUCAUCUCUCGACUAUGCGUUCAAUGCUAACAUGGUACUUCGGAUGUGAUCGAGUGAAUUAUUGCCGCUAUGGAACGGCAUAUUGGCUUGAAAUGACAAGAUUACCAGAUACACAUCCAGUUCUAUUUUUAGCAAUAUUGGGAGAUCUACGUCAGCAAUGGACUGUGCAACGCCAACAGAAUCAUGGAUUUUCCUCAAUCGCGUGUGACAUGACUAUUGAGCAAACAUUAAAUAGAGAUUCGAAAACUACGGGUGGAAUGGUUGGAAUAACAUUGAACCGGGGUGCGGUGCAACGAUGGAUUCUUUCUCAAUCUGAUAGAUCUGCUAUCACAAGAGAAUGCAUGAAGAUGGCAGGCACUGACACAGUUAAAAGGAAAAGAAAGGAAUUAGACAUGCCACAAAGAACUCGCCAUGAAAAAGAUGUUUUGGGUAUAGUGAACACGCUUCAGAAUAUGAUAAAUCCUUUUGAAACGGAUAAUGAUAUAACAGAAAUGAUUCACUUGUCCAGUUGUUUAGUUGCUACACAAGAAGUAAAGAAUGACUUACUAACAACGAAACAACGAGGAGAAGAAUGCGUGACUGCUUUUCUAAGAGACAGAUUACUAGUUCAAGAGCCUGAUAUUUUUUCAACGAUUCCCAAGCUGAAGUUGAAAACUUUUUCAUCGAUGACUAAGAAAGUUAAAGUUAGUUCAGCAAAAGGUGUUGAAGCCACCCUUAAGAAUAACCGUAACCUAUUCGCUCGAAUGCUCUUGCUGGCACAAAGUAGAAAUGUUGACAUGAAGGAAGUUCUAACUUAUUCCUUGGGUCCAUUUCCUUUAUCUCUUUCAACCGGGAUGGGCACUUUGCACAAAACCCAGAAGAGCAAGUUGAUGACAUCAAUUGAGUCAAGUGUGCAAGAUCACAUAAUCGAUAGUCUUCCGGCUGGAAACGCAGUUAUUCUUGAUGGAAUGGCAAUCAUUCAGUCCACGAAGAAGCUACCUUCAUCGUUUGGAGAACUUGCAGAGCAGUUGUUUUCAAGGAUGAUAAACUUGGCGAUUUAUCACAAGUCUUCGCGUGUCGAUUUUGUGGUAGACCGAUAUCCAGAUGUAAGCAUCAAAAACCUCGAACGCAACAAGCGGGCAAGCGGUGGAUUGGCAGUAAUCAAUAUAUACGGAGCUGAGCAGAAACUGCCGACACAAUGGAGCAAAUUUCUUAAGCAUGGUCGAAACAAAGAAGAUCUUGUUCGGUUUUUGUUUGAACAGUGGAGUACAUACGCAUCAUUUAUGUUUAGCGGUAUUGUAGUCUACGUUUGCCAUGAUGACAAAUGCCAUCGCCUUAAGCCGGGUAUUGAAGGUGCACCUCUCACGAUUCGAGAAAUAGCGACAUUAUCUUGUGAUCAUGAAGAAGCGGACACAAGAAUGCUGCUGCAUGCAAAUCAUGCAUCUCAAUCAUAUGGAAACAUUUUGAUAAAGAGCCCCGAUACAGACGUCUUCAUUAUUAUGCUUUACUUUUGCCAUAUUCUCCAAUGCGAAUUGUUCUUUGAGACCGGUGUGAAUGAGAAAACUCGUAUCAUAAAUGUACGAUGUGUUCAGCAGCAGAUUGGUGAGAAAGAAGGCAAAGCGUUAGUUGGAUUUCAUGCAUAUACCGGGUGUGAUUCCACUAGCUCGUUUUAUGGUCGAAGUAAAAUAUCAACCUGGAAGUUGGUUUCCAAUGACGAAACAGCUCUUGAUACACUUGCUCGCCUAGGAGAUGAUUUUACAGUAGAUGAAGGCAUCCAGAAAAACCUUGAGUCAUUGACAUGUAUGCUAUAUGGGGCUAAGGAGACCGAAUCCGUCAACGAAGCAAGGUAUAAUCUAUUCAGAAUGGGCAAAUUCUCUGACGAAUCCUUGCCUCCAAACGAGGACUGUCUCUUAUAGCACAUGCAGCGGGCAAAUUACCAGGCAGCAGUAUGGAAAAGGGCAACAACUCAGAUUAUUGAUGCACCUUCACCUACUGUUUAUGGAUGGAAAAUUGAUGAGGAGGGAAAUAUUGAUGUGGUGUGGAUGACGAAGAAAUGUGCCCCAGAUGUGCUACUCAAAGAUUGCAACUGUAAAUGUAAGGCAGGGUGUUCAACCUUAAGAUGUUCCUGUAAAAAGUCAAACAACAAGUGCAAUGAAAUGUGCCAGUGCGUUGGGUGCACAAAUUGCCCCAACGCAUCCAGCGAAAGCCUUGAAGAUGAUUCGGAGGAUGAUUUGGGAAGUGACAUGGAGGAUGAAAACUAACAUUCUAUACACCCAAUCGAGUUAUUCAUAAUGAGCCAUGGGACAUUCCUAAAUUCCAUGUUCCAGCAGCAAAGAAAGAUAUCUGGGAGG